CGCGGUCUCGCGGCAAGGUGGUCAGUCAAGCUGCUGCAGAAGAGGAAGACAUCCAUCGCGAGCCAGCGCCGGCACGCUCACUUCCUAUUCUUAGAGUCGCGCGGACUUAGAUCGGGCGAGUGAGGUGGCGACAGGUGAAGGAAAGCGUAGGGUUGCCGGGUUGGAAUUUGGAUUUGAUCAGUGACUGUUCUUAAAUUGGCGUGGAUACAGAUCGCGUGAGUGAGGUAACCAAGGCGGGUUGAUGAGAGGGCUUUGAGGUACGUCACUGCUCACUCAGUCGCCUGGGUACGUAUGUGCUUGUGACGCUUUGACUCGCGUGGACUUAGUUUGGACAGUACAGUACAAUAUCCAAAUCAAAGACAGGAAAAGUCGCGGAUUUUGUGAACGUGAGUGCGUAUCUUAAAGUCACGUGGACUUGGAUCUGGUGGGAACACUGGCUAUCGUAAGAGGAAUUCUUGGGGUCGCAAACUGUUGUGCUUUGGUGAUGCGGUAAGAAGACAGAAAAUAACUGUUUUGGGUGUUUGAACUUUUAGAUAUCUCCUGACUACGUGAUAGUGAGUGUGGUGACUGAAAUGGAUUAGAUAGUUGAUGUUUUUAACUUGAGUCUGUAUAACCCUUACAGAGUAAAAUGCCUAACCAGCCCUAAAAAUGAUGGGCAGUCUUUCCUUGAACGACCUAACCGAUACAGACAUUAAUUACGUGUACAAAACGGGCUCGGCCGAACUUCUGUCGAAAUGGCUGACCUCCUUAGAAAACAAAUCUUCACUGUUUUGGUUACACUAUUUGGAUUCUGACUUCGAGAGGGAGAAACGUGCCAACUCGUUGGAGUCAACAGAAGGAACUGUGAGCGACAAUGAAGACGAACCAGACGAAACUUGCGAGGAAUUUGGAAGUGCGGAGAGUGUCAUCAGUUCGUGUAGGAGUAUCGCACAUCGGGAAUCGGAUUUGCUGGUGGCGCUUUCUGAAAAUUGCACCCUGGGCCCUGUUUGCUACUUUUGCAGCAAGAAAAAUUCGAUAGUUCUUCGAACCCAACUUUCUGUGCGGGUACAUACGAUAAUAGAGAAACUCCUAACGUCCGAAGGCCGGGAGCUCCGACGCGCCCUGUUCUCCCUAAAGCAAAUCUUCCAAGAGGACAAAGACCUGGUGCAUGAAUUCGUUCAGAACGACGGGCUAUCAUGUCUGAUCAAAGUGGGCUCGGAGGCGGACCAGAACUACCAAAACUACAUCCUGAGGGCUUUGGGUCAAGUGAUGCUCUAUGUGGAUGGCAUGAACGGGGUUAUGGAACACAACCAGACUAUUCAAUGGUUGUAUAGCUUGAUUUCAUCUAAGUUCAGGCUGGUCGUGAAGACUGCGCUCAAGUUAUUGCUGGUAUUUGUGGAAUAUACAGACUCGAAUUGUCUCCUGUUGAUCAAGGCGAUCCACACAGUGGACUACUCCCAAGGGGUAUUUCCUUACCAUAAUAUCAUGAGACUGUUGAAAGAUUUCGACUCUGCCGAUACGGAGUUGCUUAUCUACGCCAUGACGCUCGUAAAUAAGAUUUUGGGCGGCAUUCCGGAUCAGGAUCUGUACUAUGACCAAACGGACGCUUUGGAAGAACAGGGGAUGGAGGCGAUAAUACAAAGGUACAUGUCCAAGCCGGGCACCGACCUGGACCUCCUCCAGCAAUUCCAAAUCUACGAGACCGUCCUGCAGUACGAAGACGGUGAAGACAUCAGCAAUACCCCCUCCAAACACCUGGACGAAAGCAUUAGAAGAACGUUGAGGAACCGGAAAUCAGUUGUGGAUAGUGCGGAAAGGCGGAAGAGCAGGAGGCAUUCCACAGGGAACACGCCCAUGUAUCCAGGACGCAAGAACAACAAUCUGAUCCUGCAGCCUAGUAAGGAGGACGAAGGAGAUGAGUCUUCGAGUUCACAGUCGUCUGCCAUUAAUAAUUCUCAGUUGAACGGGAGCUAUAAGGAUAAUAAUAAAUCUAUUGAAGCAGGAAUAACGCCAGCUUUGAAACGUCGAAGAGAACGAGCUGAGCGGCAACGCAGCUUCAUGAAAGAGCAGGAAGCUUCAGCUUUAUUCAGAGGUUGUCUUCUUCACGAAGAAAAUAAUGAAAAUGAGAACGGUAACUAUCCAAAUACCUUUCAACAGAGGAUUCCAAAUGGUAACGGUUUCAAUAGACCUCCGAGGAAGGAUAUGACUCCUUUGAUGAACGCAGUCAACAAAUUGGAUACAGAAGAAAAACAACCGUGGAUCUACAAUGACGCCGAAACAGCGAACGAAAAUGAGAUAAAUGUUCUCUUGCAAUUGAAGAGGGAGAAUACGGUGAAGGAUAUCACUCAAAAGCUAGCGAAUCAGAAUAUUAUGCACAGUCCUUCGGAAGAAAAUAAGGUGAACAGGAUUGGGGAUAUGUCCGGCCUAAUUUCAAAGGCAAAGGAGGGUUUAGCAAAAUCAAAGUCAAAGGCUGACGUACUGAAGAGUCCUACCAGCGAAAACGUACCUAAGAUGGAGAUGAAGAAAUCUGAAAAUGAGCUUAGAUGGGAAGAACUAGUAGCUAAUCUCAAUAGAUCACUGAAUCUUUGCGAUAUGGACUUUACGGAUUUAGGUAGCGAAGACGAAGUGGACAUACUAGCUCCGGUUGCCGUACACAACGGCGUACCGCCCCCGCCGCCACCUUUAGCUGACCUUGGAACUGCCCCUCCUCCUCCUCCCCUCUCCAAUCGGCUGGGACCGCCAGUGCCGCCUCCUUCUGCCCCAAUUCCUCCAAUGUUCAUCCAACGGCCGUGCAGGCCAUCGGAGACCAAGAUACCGGUGAAGAAGAACAAGAAAACGGUGAAGCUGUUCUGGAAAGAGGUCAGGGAUGAUCCCAUCAUCCAUGUCAAGCUGAAGACUGGCUACAUCUGGGACGACUUGACACCUGUCAGUGUGGAUACGCAGAAGUUGGAGCAUUUGUUUGAGUCGAGGGCCAAGGAUCUGAUUACUAAGAAACAACAAGAGUUAAACAAGAACAAGGAGAUCAUCGUUCUGGACCCGAAGAGAUCGAACGCUAUCAACAUAGGAAUGACGAAGUUACCUCCUCCAAGGUCAAUAAAAACUGCCAUUUUGAAAAUGGAUGCCACAAUUAUGAAUCGCGAGGGCAUUGAGAAGUUGCUUACAAUGUUACCAACUGAGGAAGAAAGGACCAAGAUUCAGGAAGCUCAGGCGGCUAAUCCCGAUUUGCCUCUAGGUAGUGCAGAGCAAUUCCUAUUGACGCUAGCCUCUAUUUCCGAGCUCCCAGCGCGACUCAAACUCUGGGCGUUCAAGCUGGACUUCGAAAACACAGAGCGUGAGAUCGCGGAACCACUCAUGGACCUCAAGCAAGGCGUGGAGGUACUGAAGGUCAACAAGACCUUCCGAGGUAUCCUGAGCACGCUCCUCUCCAUCGGGAACUUUCUUAAUGGAAAUGAAGUAAAGGGUUUCCAGAUCGAAUAUCUUGCCAAAGUACCUGAAGUUAAAGAUACGGUUCACAAGCAUUCCCUGUUGCAUCAUUUAUGCCAUAUCGUCAUGGAGAAGUUUCCUGAUGCGACGGAUUUGUACUCGGAGAUCGGGGCGAUUACCAGAGCAUCCAAAAUCGACUUCGACGAACUGGCUCUAAACAUUCAAAGGUUGGAAACUGAUUGUAAAGCGUCUUGGGACCACUUGAAGCUUAUAGCAAAGCACGAUGGUUCGACGAUGAUGAAAGUGAAAAUGUCAGAUUUUCUAGCAGAUUGUGCUGAAAGGAUCAUACUUCUGAGCAUCGUACAUAGAAGGAUAAUCAACAGGUUUCAUAAGUUCCUAUUAUGGUUGGGCGUCCCACUACACCAGAUCUCCGAGACGAAGCCUAACGAAUUUUGUAGAAUAGUUUCUGAAUUUGCUUUAGAAUAUAGAACAACGAGAGAACGGGUAUUACAGCAAUUAGAAAAGAAAGCUAAUCAUAGGGAAAGGAACAAAACCAGGGGAAAGAUGAUUACCGAUGUCGGUAAAUUCAAAACAAAGGAGGACAGAGCAGAUGCAGAGCUCCGUCAACUAUUAGGUAGUGAUAUUUCUGACGUAGAAAGCAUGCAAGGUACACUUCCGUGGAGGCGGACGAAACGGGAAGGAAACAAAUCCUUUCUGAAUUCCACCAAUGGCAAUCUGACUGACGGCGAUGACGAAAUUUUGGAAUGUCUGGUUAAAACUGCCACGAAGGGCUCUGCCACGAGGACUGCACCGAGGGAGAGGAAGAGGACAAGACAUGCAGAUAGGAAGUCUCUGAAACGCUCUAGAACAAGAGAAAAUAAUCCGUUCGGUAGCAGAGAAUCUCCAUAAUUGUAUUAAUGUGUUCGCAGGACUUUGAAAAAUGGACUAUCCGAAGAAGAAAAGAAACACCUGUCUGCAUAUAUCAAAGGCUACUAGCACCUCGACAACUGCAGAGCUCUUUAACCAUCGAAUUAAUUAUAUGCCUUUUGACAUCUCAGAGAUGUAAAAGUUUUUGUAUUACUGACUUUUAAUGUGAUAAAAGUAUGGCUGCUCACUCAUCUAGUUGUUUUUUGUAUUAUUUAUGCAUACAAUUUUUAAGUUUUUCUUAGUUAUUAGAAUUAGUUUUUAUUUAUUUUUACUUUAGGGGAUGAGGAACAGCUGCUAGAACUGUAUUUACACUGUGCCUUUUACAACAUGGCUACCUGCUAGUCUUCAUGUUUGAGUUUUGGAGUGAAGAUUGCAGUUUAUAUUUUUAUUUUUUCACCAAUUCUUGUUUUUUGUUCGUUUUAUUGGAUACACUUUUACAAUAGUUUUUAUUGCUGAAAAUACCUACUUUGAGCUAGCUAACAUUGAGAAUUGCUUUCGUUAAACAGCAAGCCUGAAAAAUCAGGCACGAAGCGUAAAUAAAUAAACAUUUGAUCUGUUUUUGAAACCACUAAAUAUUUACUGCAAUUUUCAUCCUUAUUUCACAAGAUCAUGUUUUCAUCACACCAGUAACUUGCCUUUUCAUUUUGUAAAUCAUUACAAAUUACCUUUUGUCUUCGAUUAUAUUAAAUCAAUAAAUCAACUUUGUUAUAUGAA